CCCGCCGCGGAACCCGCCCGCGCGGCUGCGGCUGCAGCCCGGAGCCGAACGGCGGCGGACCCGGAGCGGCCCCGGUGGAGGCCCCGGUCCCGACCCCGCUCGGCCCCGCCAUGGCCCGGGACCCGGCCUUCGUGCUGCGCUACCUGGCCGAGGUGGAGGAGCUGGCUGAGGACGUGCUGGCGGCACGGCAGCAGAUCGUGGACCUUGACGUGAAGCGGAACCGCAACCGCGAGGCCCUGCGGGCGCUGCAUAAGGACCCGGAGCCCGACGGGAAGGCCAUGGUUUGUUUCGGGAACAUGUUCAUCGAGCUGCCGAAGGCAAAGACCCGGGAGAUCCUGCGGCAGGACCAGGAAGAGCUGGAUGAGGAGAUAAACAACCUCCGGAAAGAGCUCCGGGUGAAGGUCAACCAGCUCUAUGAAGCUCAAGGCAAACCUGAGCUGAAGGGGUUUAACCUGAAUCCUAUGUCUGCUGAGGAAAUGAAACUCAUCAACCGCAUCCUGGAGGGCUGAGGUGGCCAUGCCAUUGUCACAGCGUGUUUGGCUGUCACUGUGGGUUCAUGUUUCCAUAGCCACAGUCCUUGGGAUUUGCAAGGACACUGCUGUGUCCAGAGCCCACCCAAGUGAGGGCCCUGGGAACCAUUUGGCUGCUCAGCUACAACACUGCAGUUUGUUUGGAUCACAAACCCCUUUUCCUUGCUGGAACUCAGGUGGCAGAGCCGUGCUGGAUGCAGCACUGGGCAAAGGCCCACGGCUGGGGUGGAGGUGGGAUCAUUAAAAUCAGAGCAGUGGGACA